AUGCCCGGGCCCGGGCGUGAGGAGGAGCCGCGCCAAGAGCACCUGGCUGGCUUCCCACACGUCUUUGUGUUGCGCCAAGGCAGCUGCCGCUCCCUGCCUCCCCCGCGGCUCCCCGCCUUCCUCCCGCAGGCUCGCCCAGAGACAGGCAGCCCGCCGGGUGGGGUGGUCUCAUGCAUGUUGCAGCAGCCGGGGGGGGUGUACGUGCAGCUGCUGGGUGAAGAUCCCCUUCCCGUGUCCGGUGCUAGCGAUCGACUUGGGAAAAUCCGUUUCUCGCUCGGCGUAGCGGAGGGUGAAACCAGGGCUCAAGGGGGAGGAGCCAAGCAGACCAUGCGGCUCUCACCUGCCACAAACAACUUCGAAGGAAGCAAACUUCGGCAAGGGGGCACUUUGCGUGCAUUCAGGAGUUUUUCCCCUUCUGAUAUGAAGAGGCAGACAGCUGAAAGCAUCUUCAGAGACUUCUGCGGGCUGCGACACAACCGAUCGGCAACGUCGAUGGCAAGAGUAGCGGGCGGCGUCAACAGUCUGGAGCCGGGGGGGUGGCCGUGGCAGGCAAGUCUGCAGCGGAAUAACAUCCACCGUUGCGGCGCCACCUUGAUCAGCAACACGUGGCUGGUCUCUGCAGCACACUGCUUCAAAGAGGCAAGGGAGCCACAAAAAUGGACUGUCAGCUUUGGAACCUAUUUAAACCCUCCUUUGAUGGUACGGUUCGUGAAGAGCAUUAUUGUUCAUGAGAAGUACCGUUAUCCAGCCUAUGAACACGACAUUGCUGUUGUGAAGCUGGCUCAACGGGUGGAGUUCACAAGGGCCGUUCACCACGUUUGCCUUCCCGAUGCAACGGAGGUGUUCCCAUAUAAGAUCGAUGCUGUUGUGACAGGAUGGGGAGCACUUAGUAAUGACGGUGAAACCCCUAAUGUUCUUCAACAAGCAACAGUGGAGCUUAUCGACUCAGAGACGUGCAACCAAAAAGAAGUGUACAAUGGGGCUAUAACACCUGGAAUGCUGUGUGCCGGGUACCUGGAAGGAGGAGUAGAUUCCUGUCAGGGUGACUCUGGUGGGCCACUGGUGACGCCUGACACAAGAGGCAUGUGGUACCUUGUCGGCAUAGUCAGCUGGGGGGAUGAAUGUGCCAAACCCAACAAGCCAGGAGUCUACACGCGGGUGACCUACUAUCGAGACUGGAUUGCUGCCCAUACAGGGCUCUGA